AUGAAGAGCGUUACUCUUCUUUUCCUAGUAGUGAUCUGUGGCAUGGGAGGAUUAGGACAGAAGCUGAAACCAAAGAAAAGAAGCAACGGUGAAGAAAUCAAUUUUCGGACUAAAGCCAAAGAUGUCUGCACAAUGAGCGUGAGCGGGGAUGAGGAGAUGAAACUUAGAAUUGAAUGCAAAAACCAAGGCAAGUCUUACUGGUGUGAAUUCACUGGCAAGCCAUCAGUCUGUCGUCCUUUCAGAAAGAAUCCAAAGAUUUACUGGAACCAGAUUGCCGUGGAACUUAGAAAGCUCCCACAUGCUUGUGAAUCUACUCAGGUGUUGAAGGCCACCAUGUGCCAAAAGGCUCCCACAGAGGCUGUUAUGAAGCAAAUAGCUGCUGGCAUGGAGCCGGAAGAUCUAGCAAAUCAGGACAAAUCAGUCCAGAAAACUUCAACUUCUACGAAGGGAGCAGGUAGAAGCUCUGUAAAGAAGACAGGGAAACCUCCAAUACUACCUCUUAUAAAACCAAUGCAACAUGGUAAAGGGUCUGCAAAUGAAACUGAAGCAAUGAAACUGGCACGAGAGCAUUGCUGGGAAUCACUGCAUGGUUUCUGCUCCUACGUUAUUGGCAUUUUUAGAGGUUAAGGAUUUCCUUCAGGUAAAACUCCCUCUUGAAGCACAGCAGAAUAUAAGAGUAAUCCUAUAAGAGCAAUGCUGUUUUGUUAUUUUGAGCUUGGGGAUCUCUCAAGGGUAUUGACAAGGGAGGUUCU